CGUACGCGGAAGCGAAGGAGGCGGCGAGCUGGCGAACGGCGACUCGACGCGAGAGACGGACGCGAUGGGGGACGCGGCCUGCGCCGAAGACGAGGUGACGGCCGAGCUCGCAUCAAAACAAAACACCACACGCGUGUUCGGGUGUUGGUUCGCAGCCUUUCCCGGGUGUAGUGCCGAAGGGGGUCGACUUCCGGAGGUGUCGGCGACACGUCCGCCGAAUACUUUGAGGUCGUUCGAAAGCUUCCUCCAACUAUCGUGUGAAAGAGUUUUUUUUUUUGUUUGUUUUUUUUUUUCCCUUCAGCCGGCUUCUGGUCUCGGUCUCGGCGCGUGCGGUGACGUGGUGUUAUUUUUCCACUUGUGUAACGUGAUGCCGUCCCAGACACCGGACACGGUCUGGUGAGAAACGUCCCGUUGUUUUGUGCGGCGAAAAAGCGGAUGGCGCCGAGGCUGCAGGACCACUUCGAGGAUGCCUACGACCGCAUUCCCGCCGCCUGUCAGAUGGACCUGCGGUCCGCCAUCCAGGAGACUCAGUGCGCCCUCAACCUGGUCCUCAACAACAAGUUCUCGGAGGCCCUGGACCUCCUCAAGCCCUGGUGGCGGGACAGCAUGUACCACGCGUUGGGCUACAGCAGCAUCCUCGUGAUGCAGGCCGCCAUGACCUUCGAGCACAGGGACAUCCAGAUCGCCAUGGCGACCAUCAAGGAGGCCCUGCGCACCUGUCAGAGGUUUCGCAAGAAGAACUCGGUGGUGGGGUCCCUGUCCAGUCUGCUCAGCAGGCAGCGCAACCUCCAGGAAGAGGAGAUGCACGCCGAGCUGUGCUACGCCGAGUGCCUGCUCCAGAAAGCCACGCUGACCUUCGUGCAGGACGAGAACAUGAUCAGCUUCAUCAAAGGAGGCAUCAAAAUCCGAAGCAGCUACCAAAUCUACAAGGACUGUCACAACGUGCUAAAUGUCGCCCGCGAGCUGAGCAGCCAAUCGGACUCGCACAGGCAGUUCGAGGGCGGAGUCAAGCUGGGCAUCGGCUCCUUCAACUUGAUGGUGUCCCUCCUCCCGCAGAGGAUCCUGAGGUUGCUGGAGUUCAUGGGCUUCUCCGGAAACAGGGAGUUCGGCCUGUCCCAGCUGCGAGAGGGAACGACCGGCUCCAGUUUGCGCUCCAUCUUGUGCACGCUGACGCUGCUGUUCUACCACACAUACGUCUCCCUGGUGCUGGGCAGCGGCGAGGGGAGCGUGGCGGAAGCCGAAGCUCUGCUGGAGCCGUACCUUCACAAGUACCCCAAAGGCGCCAUCAUCCAGUUCUACUCGGCCCGGCUGGCCGCGCUGCGCGGAAACUUGGAGAAGGCGUGUUUGGGCUACCGGGAGUGUGUGAACGGCCAGCAGGAGUGGAAGCAGAUCCACCACCUGUGCUACUGGGAGCUGAUGUGGACCCACUCGUACCGGCAGGAUUGGCCGCAGGCGUACGGCUACGCCGAGCUGCUUUGCCGCGAGAGCCGCUGGUCCAAGGCCAUAUACGUGUACCAGAAGGCCGCCAUCCUCAGUAUGAUGUCGGCGGAGGACGUGAAGAAGACGGGCGAAGACGUGGUGGCGCUCUUCAGGUGCGCGCCGGCACCUCUGGAAAGUGGAGGGGCUCAAGCAGCGGCUGGCGGGAAAGUCCAUCCCCACCGAGAAGUUCGCGGUCAGGAAAUCUCGCCGCUACAAGGCCCGCGCGCCCGUGCCGCUGGUGCUUCCCGCUCUGGAAAUGAUGUACAUCUGGAGCGGCUUCACCAUCGCGGGCAAGCGCGCCGACUGCACCGAAGCGCUGCUGGUUACCAUCGAGGCGGCCGAGGAGCGACUUCGCCGCGAUUCCCAGCCGUCCGAGUUCCACGUGGACGACGGCUGCCUGGUGCAGAUGCUGAAGGGUCUUUGCCUGAAACACGCCGGGCGCCCGCUGCAAGCCGAGCUCUGCUUCACGCACGUCCUGUCCAGCGAAAACCGCAUCCGCUACGAUCACUACCUGGUCCCCUUCACGCUUUACGAGCUGGGCCUCCUCUACCGUCAGCGGGGCGACGACGCCAAGGCCGCCGCCUACAUGGAAAACGCCAAGAAAUCGCCUCGUCGCCGAGUCGAUCAGAUGACUUUCUGGGCCCGGAGGAGUGUCUCCUGAAAAAGCCCACGCGCGCGUCCUGCGACCUGGUCUUCUGCCCCCCGUGGCAGCGAUGCAUCGAGGGACGCUGCUCCUGCAAGCCGCCGUAUUUGUGCCCCGCCGAGGGCUCGGCUCCCGUUUGCGCGAAGGACGGCUACCGCUACAGUUCCUACUGCCAGGUCAUGGCGAUGUCAUGCCGCUUCCAGAGGUCGACCAUGUCCCACUUCGGAGAAACCUGCUCAGACCAGCGACCCAAGUUCAACAUCACCCUGGAUCCCGACACGGGCGCGCUCACCCUCUUCGUUCCGGACGGCGCGAGUCCCGAAGGCGGGAAGCACCUGCUGGUGUGCGGCGAGCGGUGGAACAUGGAGAGCGCCAACGCGGUCUGCAGGGGUCUCCAUCACCCUCUCGGCGCCGCGUCCGCCGGCCUGCUGGAAGCGACGGCCCUACGCCGGGGCUUUCCCGACAGCUGCGUCAGCCUCCGCUGUCAGGGCUUCGAGACGUCGCCGGCCGAGUGCGUCAUCCACGACGCCGUGAGGGUCGGCGACGGGAAGGUGGCCACGGCGACCUGCUACCGCGAGAGCGACGCGACCGAAGAGCGCGGCUUUGCCUGCGCCAGCGGCAAGCGCGUGCCCGCCGACCGGACCUGCGACGGGACGGACGACUGCGGCGACCAAAGCGACGAGAUGUGCUGCAAACGCUGCAGAGGCGGCGCUUUCCGCUGCGACACGGGCGUGUGCUUGCAUCCCGACGCGGAGGGGGACGGACAGAUAGACUGCUUGGCGGGAGAAGACGAGGCGGCGACGCGCAAGGCGGCCGGGACGGAGUCAAAGAGCACAGAGUACGUCUCUCCUAGGAAAGAAAUCCUCACCGACCGCCUCCAUCUGGAGUCCAGGUUGCGGUGCGGCGUUCCCAACGCGACCGCCGCCUACGACGACAGCGUGAAGGACCGAGCGAGGCGCUUCAGGAGAGUGGUCGGCGGCGUGGCGGCCAACCGGACGCAGAUCCAGUGGCAGGUGGGCCUGUCGGAAAACGGAAAGGUGAACUGCGGGGGGACUUACAUCGGAGGCUGCUGGAUCGUCACGGCGGCUCACUGCGUCAGGCCCCACCCGUCGGCGUACCGCGUGAAGUUUUCCAUCUGGGAGAAGUCGAGGCCUCAGGACACCACCGACAUCAUCCCAGUCGGCGAAGUCAUCAUCCACCCCGGGUUCGACAGCCGCACGUACGAGAACGACAUCGCCCUGGUGCGGCUCAAGGAUCUCCCGGAGCAGUGGGGAAAGUGCAUGGAGGACAACCCGGCCGUGAAGCCCGCCUGCGUCCCCUGGUCCGAGCGACUCUUCAACGCCAACCACACCUGCAGCAUCUCGGGCUGGGGCCGGACAGCGGUGGGAAAAGCUUCUCAAGUUCUCCUGUGGGCCAAAGUGUCCCUCAUCGACGACUGCCGGCGGUUCUACAAAGACCGCUUCAAACCCGGGAUGAUGUGCGCCGGUGACCUGGAGGGAGCCGUGGACUCGUGCCAGGGGGACAGCGGCGGCCCGCUGGUGUGCGAGGACCACCUGGGCGUGUCCUACCUGUGGGGCAUCGUCAGCUGGGGCGACCAGUGCGGCCAGCCGGGCUUCCCGGGCGUUUACACUCAGGUGGCGCACUACUUUGAGUGGAUCCGCCUGCACACGGGCUGGAGCGCCGUCACCCGGUUCAACUCGUGAUCCGCAUCACCCUCAUCCUCAUCAUCGUCUUCUUUCCGAACGUCGCGUUUGUUUCCGAGUGCCACGGAAGUCAACGGCAUUAAAGGCCCGAGCGGUGAUGAUGACC